CUCUCUCUUUCGCGCUCACGGAGAGCGUUCUUGAUCUCUCGUGCGCCUCUGAUUCUACGACUAACGCAACGCCAGCGGCAGUGAUACUCCGUUCACAUCGGUGCGACGAGAGAUCGUGCGCUUCCUGCACACCGCCGGAUUCAAGUGCGAUCGAUAAGUUGGUUUUGACAAGCGCACGGACCCGGUGAACCAGCCAGCCACCCGCCCGCCAUAGCUUCCCGUCGCACCGCGUCUCCGCAUCGAGGAUCGUGUUGGAUCGCGUCCGUCUGUGGAUUACUCGACGCCACCAGGAACCUCUCUCGCAAGGAAGAGAACAUAGGAUGGACCAAGUCGUGCGAACAGGUGUCGUUCAUCAUUGAAGAGGAGGAGUAUCUCAAAAAAGCGAGAGAAGCAGGAAAACUCAAAGGAUGCCUGCUUCGUCGCAAACCGCCGCAUCCGAGCGGCGAAACGAAAGGGUGCUAACACAUGAACCACCGAAAUUGAAAACGACUUUGAAGACACCUCCCAAACAAGCGACUAAUCCUUUACAAUUCGUCAAAGUCGGACCAUGUUCACUGUAUCGAACCGCGCAGGAACAAUUACAAAAAGUCCAAGAGGUGAAGAAAAUCAAACAGGAAGUCCGCGAUGAUCCCGAGGACUGGCAAUCAAAUUUGGAUAAUUGGAAGAGUAGUCGAAGGAAGCGGCAGGAACACAUAAUCGAGCGAGUGGUGGAAGUGAAAAAACUCGAAUUGGAGGAACACGACCGUCUGCGUCGUAAGAACAAAACCUUCUCAGAGAUGAUGGAGGAGCGGGGUAACAGGGGUCGUAAGCUGAGCAUCAGCUUGGCUAUGUACAACGAGGAGGAUGCGAAUGAUCUUAGCGACCUCGGGAUCGGUACGAGCAGCGGCAAGAGCUCGGUCAGCGGCGAUACGCAUGACGACACACAUAGUGUUUUGAGCGACAGGGAUAGCGAGAUUGAGAAGAACCAUUCGGAUGUCGAUAACACCAUUGAUAUGACCUCAUCCACGACGACGAGCAUUGCAACAUCGACGACGACGACGACGACGGCGGCGGUGACAAUCGCGACUACAUCAAUAGCAACAACAGUAACAACGGCAACGACAACUGCGGAUACUAGUACGACAAUAACAUCAACAAUAGCACCGAUGACAACGACGGCAACGACUACCGUGACGACAACGUCUACCGCGAGAAAAAUGUUUGGUCGUGGUUUUCAUGGCAAUCUGAAUCACAAUCAGGAAUACGAUUCCGGUACUACCGCGACAACGAGUUCGCCUGAACCGGAAGAAUAUACAUAUGAAGGCGCCAUUCGUGGUUACGUGUCGAGAGUGUCGCAAAACAUACCGCGAAGAUCCUUGACUGGAAUCGACUCCAAAUUAGACGCGACAAAGUCGUCGGUAAACGGUUCAAAAACGAACUUGAACGACGACAGUAGUAAGUCCCCGCUGUCAGUGGUGAAGGUAGACAUAUUGAAGCGACGCGAGAUGUUCGAAAAGGCGUCACAGAAGAGCAGCGACAGCAAAACAAAUAAUAGGCUAUCCGGUGAUUUCACCGGUACGAAAUCGAUCAAAGAGAGACUAUCGAGUCUCGAAAGACAGAAGUACGAGAUGGAGAACGGUGACAAGGCCACUAACAAAACUCUCAACCGAUUAUCUGGUGACAUGAGUUCUAUCCGGGAGAGACUCACUCAUUUAGAAAAGCAAGCUUCGGAGCGUGAGAGCAAGAGUUCCGUUCAUCGUAAGCUCAGCACGGAAGAUGUGGAAACGGUGAGGCCUCUCAGGGAAAGACUGUCCACCUUGGAGAAGUAUAGUAGCAGCGACGAGUCUUCGGUGCCAACCACGACGAAUGAGUCGCGUUCGCACAACGGUGAGCUCACCGCUAGGACAAUAAAGGAUCGUCUCAGCGCACUGGACGUAGCCAGGAGCAAGGACGCGACGGAGAAACGAGGACCCGCCCACGUCAACAAACAUCCGCUUUGUUUCCGUGAUCAAGAGAACAGAGUCGACACAUCGACUCCUAGCGAGAGGAGUUCGUCGCCCGACUCGGAAUAUCGCGUACCGCGAGCCGUCUUCCAUAGGAGCCUGGACUCGUUGGACGCGGACGCAUCUAGCGGCCCAGACACGUUCGAGCGUGUGCAAAGCCUCGAAGAGCUCGAUUAUGGACGUCAAUAUCCCGCCUCGUCGUCGUCCGCAGAACUCUUGAAUGACACGGACCGCGAGGAUUCAGGUAUUCACACUGCAGACGUAAGUUGCUCGGUCAGUCAGGCAGAUGAGCCGAUCGAUGAGGAGAUUGUGCAACACACCAGUGGUACGAUCGUCGAACGAAGAGAAGUCGAAGAGAGGGUCAAGACUAUGUCUGUCAUCCAAGAGGACGCAUUAGCAUCAGGCACAUUAGUGGAAGCGCCGAAUGACACCGCGACUACUCGUUCACAGUUCACCAGUCACCGGGAGGCAGUAGCAGUGAACAAGGAACGGAUCGUUAUCGAGAAAGCGGACCAAGAGGAGGAGGCAGCCGCCACCGCUGCGAACCGCCCAGUGGUCCCGGCAGUCGAACAAAAGCAACAAGAAACGACGGAGACGUCGACAAACAUAGUCAAGAAGAAGUGCGACGUCGACAUCGACAUGCACGACGCGCCUAAUGCCAUGGUCGCUACGCCGACAGCCGACCAUCCGCUGGAACGACCGACGAACCUGAGUUUAGCCAAGCAGGAAGUUAGUUUGGUCGACGCGCUGAAUACUCCAAAUCCAACGUCACCAAUUUCAAAACAAUUUCUAUCACUAACUCUGUCCAAUGAUGAGGAGAUAAUCGCCGAUCAACCUUUCCUUUUGAGUCCACCAACGAGCGUGGAACCACCAAAAGAGAAACCACCGCCGCCUCCGGUGGACGUCAGCGACGAUGAUAAUCCUCCGCCAGAGCCGCUCAAAAGAUUAAACUCCACUCGUAGAAUCAAGAAAGAGUUGCGCACGAGACGCUCAGAUUUUCUCGGUAUUGAAGGGCAGGUCAACGAUGAGGAUUUCGAACCAGAGUUAACGCUGACAAAACCACCGGAUAUGGCGGCGAUUCUCGCUGAGGAGAGGCGCAUCGAACAACUCCAUCGUCGCUCGUAUGAUACUGACAGUAAUUACGAGCAAGAUUCGAGCCAUGAGAGAGAUUCCGGGGUCGAAUUAGGACACGUCGAGGAUUGGGCAAAACAACCUGUUAGCCCCGACAUGUCACAGCAUAGUAGACAGAGCAGUGAACCUUUUGGUGCCAGUGUGACUUCUUCCGAAGAGGACGAAAUUACGAAAAAAGAACGGGAGAUUAUUGAAGUCCUCGAAAAGGAAGAACAAUGGCGAUACGGCGAUAAUCGUGAAUACAAUAGUGACUUAGGGGAAAAACUGGCCCACAAACUGCGCGAACUCGAGGAAGAGAAGAUGCAACUGGAGAGAGAGGCAAUAUUGCGUUGCAACGAGGACGCAUUUCGCAAGAGGGACGACGCACGUAAGCAGGAAGAUGCUUCCUCACACGAAUCACCGCAACAGCAACACGAUGAGACAGCGAAACAGCGGGAGACUCAGGCGCGAACGACGGAAAAGGAAGCGAAGUACAUCGGAGACAAGCGAAAAGACGAGGAGCUUGAGACGCAGUCGGAACAACUGAGGAUGCAGAACAAGAUCGAGGAGAAAGAGCGGAGAGUCACUGAUGCGUGUCGCAAGGAGGAGAUACGCAUCCGAACGAUGGAAAGUCAAAUUCGCGAGCAAGAGAGCAAGGCAUUGGUCGGUACUGGGUUGAGCAGCAACGAAGAUGAAUUCCCUUCCGGGGAAGUGCUACGAGUAGAAAGGGAACUUCUACAAUUGGAGCAGGAAGAAUUAAAAAGACAACGCAAUAAUUUGGCUUAUCGCGAGCAGAAGCAGCUUAGGUUAGCAGAGCAGUUACAAGAACAAUGGAAAUCUUUGCAAGAUGUUGCGCAGAACUCUAUUAAAAACACGCAACAAUACAAGUAUCAUACUCCUGCAGUGAAUUACAGAUCUUCAAUGCCAAAUUUGCAGUUUCAAGAUGCGCCAAGAAGGAGACCACCACCACCACCACCGAUUCCACUUAAUAAACCACGUAUACUAGAUCAGAGGCAAAGAGAUGUUACAAUUAGGAAUAGCCGUAUACCAUCCGCGGAUUCAAUUCCUCAACAAGUAGACGCAUCGAUUCGUGAGAGCGCAUCGACAACGACACUUGGAAAUCAUACUGGCCAGCAAAUGUCCAGACAGACCUUACAGGCAUUAAGUGCAGUACCACGCCCACGAAUUGUUCAAGGUGAUCAGUGGGUCCAACGAAGAAAAAGUGAUGUGCCUAGAGGAGCUAAUGAUGUGAACUAUCAACAUUGGCUUAUUCAAGAGGCGGAACAAAGAAGGAUUAAUGAGAGAAAUCAACGAUCACCGGCGCGAAAACCCCAACCUCAUGUAACUGGCACUUCUGUACCAUAUAACGCUCCAAUUCGGACAGAUAGCAAACCGCUACCCGAUUCUAUCAUACAAACUCUGACGCAAAGGGUACAGAGUAAAACGCAGGAGAAACCUCUUUUAACAAGGCGAAGGCCAGAGCAAGUUCACAAUCAAGAACACUUGACUGUGCAACAACAAUCACCACAAUAUACAUUACAAUCUCAAAAAACACAACAUACGCCAAUUGCGAAUAAUAGCGGAAAUCAAGAAAAAAUGCUAAGUGUGAGCGGGAAGAAGAAAUGUUCACAUUGCGGGGAGGAAUUAGGUCGAGGUGCUGCGAUGAUAAUCGAAAGUUUACGAUUGUUUUAUCAUAUGGAAUGCUUUAAGUGUUGCGUAUGCCAUGUGCGUCUCGGCGAUGGAUUGAUGGGAACGGACGUGCGCGUUCGAAAUCAUAAACUCCACUGCCAUAACUGCUACUCCAGUGACGAUGGUGUCAAGUUCAGUUGUGUGUAGAAGCCUGGUUAUCGGAAUUACGCUGAUUAAUUUAAUUGUAACGCUUUUUCUGGCCUAUAUCUUAAGAUCUUCAUAAUCAACUGUUUAGUUACCCUUAUUUAAAAGUAUCAUGUUGACACGCGCGACAUAAAGUAAAUUGCAUAAACAUAAUUUUUUGACAGAUCAAAUACAAAGAGGAAUGAAGGAUCAUUUUCCGCGAGAUAUAUUUUCCGUAUUUUUUAUUUAAAAUAAUGCGUUUACACAUGUAUGCAAUACUGUUUCUACCAACUAACACGAAUCAUACGUGAUUGAUGUAUAUAAGAUGUAUUUAUGUAAUUAGUCUAGAGGUAAGAUAAUUGUUGAGAUAUGGUUUUAAUGUGGAUGUAACUGGCGUCAUCUGACGCUGUAUAUUUUUGUAAUAUAGUUCUCGUACUAUUUAUACCAGAUAUAUCUAAUUUACAACGGUUAUAACAGAAUGUACGCGAUUGUUUUCUCAAGCGAAGUCUUCGAUCCUUUUUUUUUUUUCAUUUUGGAAGCGAAUAGUGUUAGGUUUGAAGUCUCCCAUAAAAUAAUCAAAUUUCGAUUUCGCAAAGCGGCCAAAAUAGUUACAAAUAGUUGAUCUAGUAAAAUGCUAACCUAGUUCAAUUUUUAAAAAAGAGGGUCACUCCUCUCCCGGCACACAUAGAUGUGUGCUAUUGUAUCAUCUUUUUAAUUAAAAUUUCCAAUUUUUUUUAUUAACUUCAAAAAUUUAUUUUAUCAAAUGU